AUGCAAAAGAACAAACCCGUAGAGGAUAAAACAUUCUCCAGCAUCACAUGUUUUCUUGCUGCCGAGCUAUUGGAUGAUGGCAACGUUGCACUAAGGGCAAACGGAAACGACGAACACGAUUGGCAGAAGUCUGAGGGGGACGCUUUUGAGAGUUUGGAGGAGCUGCCAUUUUGGGACCAGGACAUAGCUGCAGGCUUUGCAAACCACGUCACGGGAUCAUACAAGACCUAUGCGGUCGAAGUGAAGAGCAUCACAGUGGAGAUGAUUGGUCUUGGGUAUCGGAAGCGAAAGGCAGUAGUGAUUAUGAAGUUGGUUCAAGGCAAUGUCACGGCAAUUCCUUCCUUACACAUUGAUAUCGUCAAGGACAUUAGCUUCUCCUGGCGUACGACGAACGACGAUAGUUAA